AUGAAGAUAACCAUGAGAGCUGGUUUACUUCUGUUCAGGUUUCUAAGCACUAUGGUAGCCAUAACUAUUAGUAUUGGUUUGUGCAAUGGGAAUCUGGGAGUGCCUUGCAAAGAAAGUGAACGACAAGCACUUUUGAUAUUCCAGAAGGAUCUUGAGGAUCCUUCAAAUCGGCUUUCAUCGUGGGUAGGUGAAGGAGUUUGUUGCAAUUGGACUGGAGUUGUCUGUGAUGACUUAACCGGUCACGUCCGCGAGCUCCACCUUAAUAAACCCGACUCUCAACAGGAUCUCCACUUAUCUUUUGGGGAUUUCUAUGUCACUUCUACUUGGUUGGGUGUAAGUUUGAAGUAUCUCAACUACUUAGACUUAAGUUACAAUAAUUUUCAAGGUAUUCAGAUUCCUAGCUUCUUUGGUUCACUUAAAAGUUUAAGAUAUCUUAACCUAUCUGAGGCAAGCUUCCAAGGUAUAAUUCCUCCUCAGUUGGGAAAUCUCUCAAAUUUACAGUAUCUUGGUCUCCGCGGUUACAAGCUUAAGGUUGAGAAUCUUCAAUGGGUUUCUGGUCUUUCUCAUUUGAAUAAACUUGACAUGAGUCGUGCUAAUCUUAGUAAAGCAUCCGACUGGUUACAAGUUCUAAACAUGCUCCCCUCUUUGGUAGAGUUACAUAUGGCCGGUUGUCAACUUGAUCACAUUCCCCCUCUACCCCUCACAAAUUUUACUUCACUUGCCAUCCUUGAUCUUUCUGAAAACACAUUUGAUUCUUUGAUGCCCAGGUGGGUUUUCAGUCUUAGAAAUCUAGUUUCCAUUUCUGUCAAAGGUUGUGGUUUCCAAGGUUCAUUUUCUAGCCAUCCACAAAAUAUCUCCUCUCUCAAGGAACUUGAUCUUUCAUUGCACAAUCUGUGUGAGUUGAUGGAUCUUGAUCUGUCAUUCAACAAUUUCAAUGGCAAUGUAUCAGAAAUCUUUGACAGUUUGUCUGUGUGUGGUCCAGACAAAUUAAAGUCCUUGUCGUUAGGGUCUAAUAAUUUUUCAGGUCCAAUUCCUGUGUCCUUGGGGAAUCUGUCCGUGUUAACAGAAUUGCUGAUUUAUGACAAUCAGUUUAAUGGAACUCUCCCAGAAAGUAUUGGUCAACUCAAAAUGCUGACUGUUUUGGAUAUAUCUUAUAAUUCAUUAGAAGGAGCAGUGUCUGAAGUUCAUUUUACUUACCUUACAAAAUUGAAGGAUUUCGUUGGAAAAGGAAACUCAUUGGCUCUGAAUACUAGUCGAGGUUGGCUUCCUCCUUUUCAACUCAGUCGCUUAUGGUUGGAUUAUUGGCAUCUAGGACUUGAAUUUCCUAUGUGGCUUCAGACUCAAAAGCAAUUGAAGCUUCUAAGCCUACCCAAUACAGGAAUUUCAGAUACCAUUCCGGCUUGGUUUCCAAACAUAUCUUCCCAGUUGGUGGCUCUAAAUCUCUCUCACAACCAAUUGCAUGGUGAAAUUCAAAAUAUAGUGGCCGGCUUUCAGUCAGCAAUUGACCUAAGUUCAAACCAGUUCAAUGGUUCAUUACCUUUUGUUUCCUCCUCAGUAUCCGCACUAGAUCUUUCCAAUUCAUCAUUUUCUGGAUCACUCUUCCACUUCUUUUGUGAUAGGAUGGAUGAACCAAAAAACCUUUCUUCUCUUCAUCUAGGGGACAAUCUUCUUACUGGAGACAUUCCUAAUUGCUUGAUGAAUUGGAAAAGGUUGGUGAUGUUAAACUUAAAAAGUAAGAAUUUGAGUGGGAAAAUUCCAAACUCCAUAGGAUACUUAAAAAGGCUGACCUCAUUGCAGUUGCACAAUAAUCAGCUAUCUGGAGAAUUACCUUUGUCCAUGCAGAACUGUACAGACUUGUUAGUUGUUGACCUUGGCGAAAACAAGUUUGUUGGCAGCCCUCUAACAUGGAUUGGGAAAAGCCUUUCGAUUUUGAAGGUUCUUAACAUUCGUUCAAAUAACCUUCAGGGAGACAUUCCUUAUGAACUCUGUUAUCUGAAAAGUCUCCAAAUCUUGGAUCUUGCACAGAACAAUCUAUCAGGAACAAUACCAAGAUGCUUCCACAACUUUAGUGCAAUGGCCACCUUUCCAAAUUCAUUGAUCUUGACAUUUGCUGAAUAUUUAAUGGAUAAUGUGAUCUUGUUUACAAAAGGGAGAGGAGCAGAAUAUGGUCGCAAAAUGCUUAAAUUGGUAAAAGGCAUGGACCUUUCAGACAACAUGAUAUAUGGUGAGAUCCCUGCGGAACUGACCACUCUCGUUGGGUUGCAAUCACUGAAUCUAUCGAAAAAUCUUUUGGCUGGAAGAAUCCCUUCAAAUAUUGGUGACAUGAAAUGGUUAGAAUCUAUGGAUUUUUCAAUGAACCAAUUUAGCGGUGAAAUUCCUCCGAGCACAGCGAGUUUGACAUUUUUGAGUCAUUUGAACUUGUCCUACAAUAAUUUGACGGGACAAAUUCCGAAAAGCACUCAGCUCCAGAGCCUUGAUGAGUCUUGCUUUAUCGGCAAUGAACUUUGCGGAGCUCCACUCGACAAGAAUUGCAGUGCAAAUGGGGUGAUACCACCACCAGCAGUUGAGCAACACAGAGGAUACCAUUUACCUGAAGACGGUUGGUUCUAUCUUAGCUUGGGACUGGGGUUCAUGUUUGGUUUUUGGGGUGUACUUGGUUCGUUGCUGCUAAACAUGCCAUGGAGCAUUGCUUUUUCCCGAUUUCUAAAUAGCAUGGUAGUUAAACUUUAUGGUGUAAUUGUUGAAUAUAUUUAG